GGAGAGGAGAGGACGAGGAAGAAGAAGAAGACGACGACGACGACGACGGAGAGAGUGACGAAGAGAGUGAACAGGACGAGGCUUUCAGGGCGACGGUUAGCCUCCCGGAACGGACAUGGUGGAGCUGAAGGAUUGCAUGGAGGAGCUGCUGAAGUUCACUCUGCAAUCUCACAUUUGUCGGACGCUGUGUCUCGAUUUCGACCUCGGCAUCUCCACUGACUACUGCUCUGCUCUCCUCGUGGAAGACGAAAACGACCUCAACGCCUCGCCGUCUCCUUCCUCCGGGUCCUUUGAAGGCGUCCCGCGUUAUCCUUUAUACAGACGUCUGGCUGUGGCUCUAAGUGAAGCCAUACGUUCCGGAAUGUUAAGCAAGAAAGAUGAGAAAACCGCAUUCUUUGAUGAAGAAAACACCAUAAAUCAGAACGGAGAGCUAGAUGAAUUGAUUCAGCAAAGAGGAACUGAAUUGAUGAAUAUUUUGAAGACCAUAAACUUCGAAAUUCAUGUUCAAGAGCCUUUCUUUACGCAACUAAAAGAUGGGCAGAAGACAGUUGAAGGAAGAUGUGCUACUGGUGAUUACAAUCACAUUAGUACAGGUGCCUUCAUUCUUGUCAACAAGUGUUUGGUUCUUGAGGUUCAGGAUGUUCGUAAAUAUGCUUCAUUUCUGGAGAUGUUGGAAGGAGAGGGUCUGAGUAAAGUCCUUCCUGGAGUUAAUACUUUUGAAGAUGGUGUGCAAAUCUACAGAAGGUUCUACAUGGAAGAGAAGGAAAGGGACAAUGGUGUUCUCGCAAUUGAUAUAUUAAAAUCAAGUCAUCAGCCUUACAUUUCUGUAGCUCGGAUAAUAUCUGUACUGGGUUACAAUGGGGUUCAUAACCUUCUCGGCCUUGUUCAUACUGCUGGAACAGUAUCUGACUCACUUCCGCCACCUAGAUCUGCUCUUCUCUCUGCACUUCAGCAACCUUAUAACCGAGAUGUAAAAGGUAGCACCUUAACUGAUGGGGCCAGGGCUUUGGCCAAGCAUUUCAGCAGGAGCAGCAGCAAAUACUGGGGAAGCUUAGAUGGCAGUGAUUCUAGAAAAAAUAAGGCUGCAAUGGACAUCAUUACCUGCCUGAUUUCAUCCUGCUGCUGGUUGAACUUGCAUGUUGUUCCACCUCAUGGAGUUGUGUUCGAGAUAAGGGAUGCUAAUGGUUAUGGCGCAAGGUGGUCUGGAGACGGCUCCAAGUUUAUUGGAUUUCUCGAGCCUUACAUGAAGGAUGGUCACUUGAGAAGAUGGAGGCACUGAUUUUAGCCGGAUGACACCUUAAUCGGCCAAAAACCUUGCGUAGCUGUUAUGCAUGUUUGACCAACAUACUUUACGAGCUAGGAAAUUUUUCAGUUCAGUCACAGAUGCUUCAGUCAUUUUUUUUGUCUUUUCUAAGUGCAUCGUACUCCAAAUUUUAAUUUACAUACGAUACAACAAUGAUGCAGCCGAUAAUAAGUACACGCAGUCGACUGUCUGAAUGGUCUGUAGUAUGACACAAAUGAAACGAUAAGUCCAGAAAAGACAAAAUAGUGCUGGAGGGUUUGUGA